AUGGCAGCUUCUUCGUCGACACCGAAUUCUGCGUCGGUUGCUUCAUGUGCUCCAACUGGGGGAAUAAGUAGAGCCAAAAGGCAUCAAUUAGCAAUUACCGGUGAUGUAGUUUCUUGUACGAAAACACCCGAGGAUGUUAAGACUAUAUUACGUGCGGACAUGGUUGAGAAGGAGAGAAUUAAGAAAGGAAUACAAGAGGUUUCGGUGCAAUUAGAUGCGGAUGAUACCAUUGAUAUUGAGGAAAUACGUAGAAUUCAAACCGGAAAGAGGAUGGUUGAGAGUGAGACCUCUUCAAUGGUUGUCAAGAGGACUAAGGGGCCGUUGGAUUUGGUGUAUAAGAAGAGUAAGGACACAAGCAUCAAUGAUGCGUGUGAUAAAGAAGCAAGGGCAAGAACCAUCCGAUAUAUUGGUCGCUUUUUUUAUACGUAUGGAGUUGCUUUUAACGUAGCAAAUGCAAGAGCUUUUAAGUUGAUGUUGGAAGCCGUUGGAAGUUAUGGUCCUCAUUUGAAACCGCCAAGUUAUCAUGAACUCAGGGUUUCAAUCCUUCGAAAUGAGUUGGAAUAUACAAAAGGUUUGUUAAAAAACCAAGAGGUGCAAAGGAAUAAAUAUGGAUGUUCAAUUAUGUCGGAUGGUUGGACGAAUAGAAAAGGUAGAACAUUGACAAAUUUCUUGGUCAAUUAUCCGACGGGGACCAUGUUUGUGAAAAGUGUUGAUGCUUCUAACUAUGCCAAGACGGAGAAAAAACUAGCCGAGUUGUUGGACACUUUUAUUGAGUAA